AUGAUCCAGGAUGAUGAACUCUCAAGCCAGGAUAACUUCUCAUUGUGCUCCAGUACACAUCAUGGCCAUGGAACUCCUCACGACCUGAAAUGGGCUUUGCAUGAUGCCGAUGCAUUUGACCACAGCGUUAUCUCAUCGAGCAAACCUGAAACUCCUGAGGUGCAACUGCUUUCUUUCUCUUUGUCUCAGCAGCUUUUGCCUACCACCGUUGGACCAAGCGAUGUUAUCUACCAGUCAGGAUCCGAUUUUCAGGAUAUUGGGGACCGCAAUGACCUGGACUUCUCGCACGCACAUGACUUCAGUCAUUAUUCUUCCCUUGUGGAUUUUGCCGCAUAUGAUAAUGAUACCUAUGGCCAGAAUGGGACCCAGCCCUGCACUCCUGAUGAUGCUCUUUCCGUUGGACACAGUUCUCAUGCUGAAGAUUGCCACAUGGUCACCACCAAUGAAUGGAACUCCAUUCUAGCAGACACCAGAAACUACCAGCCUUCUUCCAUGGAUCACAUCCCAAGCAACCUUUUCCAGCCAAUGCCUGUUUCUCCCCCUUUGACCGAAGCAAGCAAUGAUGUUUCCGUGACCACCUCUUGCUCCCACUCAGGAUACCCAACUUUUAUGACCCACGAAGAAGCCAUGUUGAAGGAUGUCACUGCCACGCCACUUGGGAAUCAGGGAAUCAAUUUGGGAGAUCCUCUCUUCCCUCUCACGCCGCCUCUUAGUGAGCAGGAUCCAAACAGAACUAUCAGGCCUACCAAGAAUGCUCGCAGACCUGCCUUGCAGACAUCAUCACCAUCAUCCCAGGCCCAGGUCAAGCAGGAACAGGAAUUCUUCCCACCGCUCCCUGCGAGAGAGCCCUCUCGGCAGAGGUCCAAGGAGAACACGGAGUUGCGGAACCCUCGCGACCAUCCAUAUUAUUCCUACCCCACCCACAGUGAUGGAAAGUAUUACUGCCCCUUCGCCAACGGAGAGAAGUCUUGCAAUCACCCCCGACUACGCAGAAAUGCGCUUACCAGUGACAAAUACCUUGAUUCCCACCUGAAGCCCUACCGUUGCAAGGUCCCUGCCUGCAUGGAGGCUCAGCUGCAGUUCUCAUCCAAUGCCUGUCUGUUCCGACACGAGCGUGAGGCCCAUGGAUUCCACGGUCACGGUGACAACCCUCACCUUUGCCUGUUCGAAGGAUGCGACAGAUCCGUCCCUGGAUAUGGAUUUCCCCGUAGAUGGAACCUCUUCGACCACAUGCGUCGUGUUCACGACUACGCCUCUUCCGAGAGACCUAGCUCUCCGGAACACUCUCCCUCUGGCGUUUCUGCUCCUAAGAAGAAGGAGGCAAGCGGACGCAAGCGGAGAGUUACUGGUGCAUCUGGUGCGCAGACAAUGAAGCGGACCAGAUCCACGCACUCUCAGAACAGCACCUUGAAGGCUCUCCAGCAGACCGCAAGCCACCAAGGCCAGCGGCUCCAGAAUGCCGAGCGGAACUACUACAACUGCCGCGCUCGCUUGCUCGAGGAACUCAGCAAUAUCACCCCUCAGGAUUCCUCCAUGCACGACAAGGUCAAUGCCAGCCUUCAGGAAUUAAUCACUCUGGGACUGAACUACCGUCACAUCGAAGCUAGCCAGACUUCUUCCCUUCCCAACGGACUUCCGGCAUGA